GACACUUUGGUUUUAUCCGAGCCGCCAUUUUCUGACAUCCGGGACAGUGGCUGGACCGAGUGUUCGAGUAGGACUAAGAACUAGUGAGGUGUCCUUUCAUUUACUCUCCAACAUGGCUCUCCCGACUGCUACUUCUUUUCUUUUUGCGUCCACGCUGACGGUUCUUACGUUUGCACUCAUGCAAAUGUUUAAGACGAAUCUUGGUGGUAGCGAAUGGAUGACUAUUCUUGGGGGCUUCAUUGGAUCACAGCUCUUUGUAUUUUUAUUAACCGCAAUUGGUAACUUUGAGUCUAUGAUUUUUGGUAGAGGAUUCCACACCAAGCUCUUCCCUGAAGUUCUAAUCUGCUUGACUGUCGCUAUGUUUGCAUCUGGACUUGUGCACAGGGUCUGUGUCACUACCUGUUUUCUGUUUUCAAUGGUGGCCCUAUACUACCUGAACAGGAUCUCCUCAUCUGUCCACGCCCCAGUAGCCACACCCAUCAAGCCAAACCAGCAUUCCAAAGGAAAGAAAGGACACUAGCAUCUACACAUAUCAAAUUUAUUGUCCCACAAAUACACUGUAUCUUUAUACAUUAAAUCACAACUUUACAGAAAA